ACGAUUUCUGAUUGGAGAGCCGAUGUCCAGAUGAAACGCCCUAUUUUAGCAUGUUCAGUUGUAUUUUCGCUGCUACUGCCGUUCUUUGCCUUUCGGACCAACCCCUCGAUACGGAUCAAUUUGAGCACCAAAUUUGGACCUCAGUAGCUUGCAACGUUACUGUGGGAAUAACAUCGUCGAUCCCUUCCUGCAUCCAUUCUUCAUAAUUACAGCGACUGACUGUCACAUACUCCUGGAUUUCUGAAUUCUUAGUCCCAAAAAAUAUAGAAACUAUGGAAAAAGCAGAUCUUAUUCAUAGGGCCAAGCUGGCGGAGCAGGCUGAGCGCUACGACGACAUGGCAGAUACCAUGAAGGAGGUUACAGAGAUGGGACAAGAGCUGACAAACGAGGAGAGGAACCUGCUGUCCGUCGCUUACAAAAACGUGGUUGGGGCGAGGCGGUCCGCCUGGAGGGUGAUGUCCAGUAUCGCCAUGAAGACCGAAGCGGGGAACGAGAAGAAGCAGAAGAUGGUCAAGGAGUAUCGGGAGCAGGUGGAGAAGGAGCUGGAAGACAUCUGCGAAAACGUUUUGCAACUGCUGGAUAAUCAUUUAAUUCCAAACUCCACAAAUUCUGAGAGCAAAGUCUUCUAUCUAAAGAUGAAGGGGGACUACUACAGAUACCUUGCUGAGGUUGCUGUUGAUGACAAAAGACAAAAGACCAUUCUCAAGUCACAGGAAGCAUACCAGGAAGCAUCUAACAUCAGCAAUAGUGAGAUGGAGUCCACACAUCCCAUCCGCUUGGGCUUGGCACUUAACUUCUCCGUCUUCUUCUACGAGAUCCUGAAUUCCCCAGAAAAAGCCUGUGAAUUGGCUAAAAAGGCUUUUGAUGAUGCCAUUGCAGAGCUGGACCAGCUAAGUGAAGAGUCCUACAAAGACAGCACUCUCAUCAUGCAGCUCCUCAGAGACAACCUGACAUUAUGGACAUCAGACAAUGCUGCUGAGGAGGGCGAUGGUGGAGAAGGAGGAGAUGGCGGCGAGAAUGAGAACUAAUAACACAAGCCCUCAAUGUUGGGUCAUCUCCAAAAACAAAAGGAAAAAAAAAAACUUUUUACACAUCCUUCAUUCCUUAUUGCUCCUCUCAAACAUUCUACCAAUGAAACCCAUUGCUGAAAAGAGUUGUGUGAGAAAAUUAAAAAAAAAAAAAAGAAAAGAAAAUCAUGUUUUUCACAAUUCAGAUCUGGACAACAACCAGUGAAAAGAGAAACUCUCCAUUCCUUUGAUUUGUAUUCGUCCUGGCCUUCCCAUUUGUGCAGUUUCAGCUGUAGAAAAGUGAUUAAUAGCUUGAUAAGGUAUCAGACUCCUAGCUCACUUUAGAAGCAGAAAAAGUUACUCACUUUGUUGAACAACUGGAAACUUAAAAGCCCAUCAGUUGACAGUUUUUUUCUCUAGCAAAUGUUAGAUAUAAAAAACAUAGUUUCCCCAUACUGUUUUUAAAAGUGAUGGUCUCCUCACAGUUACGUGGUACGGUUACAGCAACUUAACACAGAUUCAACUUUCAUACUGCAGGGAAAGCUAGUGCACUUUUCAUGCUGGCGACAAAUACUUCAAUACAGCCAAGUAGUGCCAAUUGGUUAAAUCCUCACUUUCUGCCCUGGUUAUGAUGCCAUUGUUUCACUGAAGCAUGCCUGUUUGGGAUAGGGAAUGGGGCUUGUCUGACCAGAUGCGGGGACCUUUUUAAUGGGAAGACAAUUCUGUCGUGCAUGUCUCUUGAGAUAUUACACUGGAAUGGGGACAAAUGCUGUAACACACACACACGCAUACACAUACACACACAUGUCCAAGUGUCAAGUUUGGUCAUUUUCAGUGCAGAUUUGUAUACAUCCUACCGAAGGAUGAUUUGUUAGUCUGUCCGGUGAUUGUCAUUAGAAAUUUGGACCACUGUUGUUUUGCUAUUCAUUCAAUUGUAGUCCCCAAAAGCCUUGUGAAACUGUUCAAAUCCCUAUGUAUCAGCUAUGUUAACAUGAAUAAAACAUUUUAUAAACCAA